CGCUUUACUCAAUUAACAAAUUAACACGGCAUUGUUCUAUACGAAAUAUUUUUGUUUCUAAAAUUUAAAUUAUUAUUGCAGAAAUGAGUGGCAGAUUAACAACAAAAACUGGCGAGAUUGUCGCUUAUAGUGAGGCUGCUAUACGCGGAAAUAUUUCUGCUGUAGAAUAUUGCCGUACUUCCAUGGCUGCACUAUCCGGUUGUGCUGCAGGUAUUUUGGGACUGAAUGGACUGCUUGGAUUUUUGUUUUACUUCUUAUCAGUAUUCGUUUUGUGGCUGUUGGUUUUGGCAAAAUCCGGCACACAGUGGCGCAAAUUUUUCAUCAAUCGCCAAAGUUUGCUCACCAAUAACUUCAUGGGCGGCUUAUGUACAUACGUGCUUUUUUGGACAUUCCUAUACGGCAUGGUUCAUGUUUAUUAAAAUAGGUUUUAUGGUGUAGAUGCGUAUCACUUUUAUAUUGAACUAAGAAACUAUAUAGGACAUUUAAUAUUCAAAAAUACAACUAUGUGUGUGUAUACCCAGAUAAAAAAGUGAAGUCGUUUGCCCUCAUUUAUAUAAAAUUUAAUUGUAUUUAUAUAUAAACUACAAAUGUAUAUGUACACAAAGUAGCGGAAACGAUAGCUUCAAUGCAUAGUGAUUCAAGAAUGAUUUAUGAGAGAAUUGCUGAAGGCAUAUUUUUAAACUUAGAACUCAGGAGGUGCGUACAAGCACAAACGCUAACUUUAGUUGUACCCCUACAACAUUCUUCACAAAUAAAGAUAUCUCGAAAGGUGAGGGGCUAGUUCGUUUUUAUAAGGACAGACGAAAAAUGAAAAGUCCUUCAUCUCAUUCCCUCGGGCCUCUGUAAGCUAAAAUUA